AUGGCCGACUCCGAUGCUGAAGAAUUGCUAUCAGAGCGUGAAGAUGACGGCGAGCUUGAUAGUUCGACCAUCUCGAUGUGGAAAUGCGUCGAAGAGACAUCAUUAGAGCUCGGGAUUGAUGAUGUGGAGCAAUACCUUCUCGCGAAGGCAAGACUAGAGGUCCCCCGGGUGGCUGAGCGUCUGAUGGCGCGUAUAUUCGGUCCUGUACAACACGGCAUCGUGUCGCUGGUCACCGGAUUGUUCUUGUGUAGUCAUGUGGCGUCCAGAGUUCAGAUUCUCCGCGCAAUUGCUAAGGCUUCUGAGAGUCCUGACGAGCUAGAACAAGCCUCCGAGAAUCGGUGCAGUGUUUAUCACAACUUGGCGCAGCAGACUUCCGUUCAACUGGUGCAGAAAAUAUUAGGUAUUAUGACCGAUUCAAUCUCUGGUGUAUCCCGAUCUUCAACUGGUAGUGAGAUUUCAUCAGAGUCGGCUCUCAGCACAAUGAAAACCAAAAGUUGCAACAACUGUGUCGUGAUCAAGGACUCACAGCGUCAGGAAACAAACCCCUGA